AGUGUUGUGAGUCCCGAGUCUCGCGAUCUGCAAAACUCGGAUUGAAUGAAGUCAGCUGAUCAUUUGCUGUCGUAUCGCAACUCACGUCUUCCCUAGGCAGAGGAUCAAAACGCUGGACCGUUUAAUUUCUGAAGAUCUAGCCUGCCAGGAUGGACCUGUCCAAGCUGCCUAAGAUCUGGGAUGAGGAGAAAGAGAGCGAGUUUGGAUACGUCCAUGGAGUCUCCGGCCCAGUGGUGACGGCCACUGCCAUGGCGGGAGCGGCCAUGUAUGAGCUGGUGAGAGUGGGCCACAGUGAGCUGGUGGGAGAGAUCAUCAGGCUGGAGGGAGACAUGGCCACCAUCCAGGUUUACGAGGAGACAUCGGGUGUAUCCGUUGGGGACCCGGUGCUGCGGACAGGGAAGCCUCUGUCAGUGGAGCUGGGCCCAGGCAUCAUGGGCUCCAUCUUCGACGGUAUCCAGCGCCCCCUGAAGGACAUCAACGACCUAACACAGAGCAUCUACAUCCCCCGUGGAGUCAAUAUCGGAGCCCUCAACCGAGACCUGAAAUGGGAGUUCUCCCCCGUCAAGAGCUUACGGGUGGGCAGUCACAUCACAGGGGGUGAUAUCUAUGGGAUGGUGUUUGAGAACUCCCUCAUCAAGCACAAGAUCAUGCUGCCCCCGAGGAACAGAGGAACCGUCACCUAUGUGGCUCCCCCCGGAAACUAUGACGUCUCGGAUGUGGUGUUGGAGCUGGAGUUUGAGGGUAUGAAGGAAAAGUUCACCAUGGUCCAAGUCUGGCCAGUGCGACAGAUUCGUCCGGUCACAGAGAAGCUACCCGCCAAUCACCCACUGCUGACCGGACAGAGAGUACUGGACGCCCUCUUCCCGUGUGUCCAGGGAGGAACCACAGCCAUCCCCGGAGCCUUUGGCUGUGGUAAAACUGUCAUCUCCCAGUCCCUGUCAAAGUACUCCAACAGUGAUGUCAUCGUCUACGUAGGCUGCGGGGAGCGAGGGAACGAGAUGUCAGAAGUUCUGCGAGAUUUCCCCGAGCUGACCAUGGAGGUGGAUGGGAAGACUGAGAGCAUCAUGAAGAGAACAGCGCUGGUGGCCAACACCUCCAACAUGCCUGUGGCUGCUAGAGAGGCCUCUAUCUACACAGGGAUUACGCUGUCUGAGUACUUCAGGGACAUGGGCUACAAUGUUAGCAUGAUGGCUGACUCCACCUCUCGAUGGGCCGAGGCUCUCAGGGAGAUCUCUGGUCGACUGGCUGAGAUGCCCGCUGACAGUGGUUACCCAGCCUACUUGGGUGCCCGUCUGGCGUCAUUCUACGAGCGUGCCGGCAGGGUGAAGUGUCUUGGCAACCCAGAGAGAGAGGGCAGCGUCAGCAUUGUGGGGGCUGUGUCUCCCCCAGGUGGUGACUUCUCUGAUCCUGUGACAUCAGCUACCCUGGGUAUCGUGCAGGUGUUCUGGGGUCUGGAUAAGAAGCUGGCCCAGAGGAAGCACUUCCCGUCAGUCAACUGGCUGAUCAGCUACAGUAAGUACACGCGGGCGCUAGACGAGUACUACGACAAGCACUUCCCUGAGUUCGUCCCGCUGCGCACCAAGGCCAAGGAGAUCCUGCAGGAGGAGGAGGACCUGGCUGAGAUCGUACAGCUGGUCGGCAAGGCAUCGCUGGCCGAAACUGAUAAGAUCACCCUGGAGGUGGCCAAGCUCCUCAAGGAUGACUUCCUGCAACAGAAUGGUUACACCCCCUACGACAGGUUUUGUCCCUUCUAUAAGACGGUAGGCAUCCUGUCCAACAUCAUAGCGUUCUACGACAUGGCGAGGCACGCGGUGGAGACCACGGCUCAGAGCGACAACAAGAUCACCUGGUCCAUGAUCCGAGAACACCUGGGAGAGAUCCUCUACAGACUCAGCUCCAUGAAGUUCAAGGACCCAGUGAAGGAGGGAGAGGCCAAGAUCAAGUCUGACUACGCCCAGCUGCUGGAGGACAUGCAGAACUCCUUCCGCAGCUUGGAGGACUGAGCCUUCACCCUGGGCCUUUCACCCCUCACCUGUGACCCCAUGGACAGUGCAUGUCUGUCGCACCCCCCGCGCCCCCGCCCCUCUCUCUGCAGCCUCACAUUCCACUGCCUUGUGUUUACACCCAACCUCCUGCCAUCAGUUUACUCAACGUGUGAAUGUGUAUGGGCAAAAAGAGAACAAAAUGUACUGUAUUCUUGUAUUCUGUUUCCUCACAGAUUCUAAAUCCCCCAGUGUAUUUGCCCCAGCAUGGUCGAAGAUCUGCCCCAACACCUUAAUGUGUGUAUGUUUACAUGUCUGUGUGUGGGACCCCUGCAUUGCCCCUCCCUUCCCCCUGUUUGUUUUGGACAUGGUCUCUGGCCCUAGCUGUGUACCUGAAGACUUCAGUUGAUGUAAUCAUCGUUCAUUAGCACUCUAUCUGUACAGAAUAUUGAUGAAGAUUAACAUCAAAUACUUAAUAAGCAGAGUGACUCUAUUUGUUGCAGGUGUCUGGACAUGGACAACUUGUGGGCUGGUUGUGAUUUAUGCUGUGUAGUCUUGUGUACUUGCUGUAUGUGUGUAUGUAUGUGUGUGUGAGAGAGAGGUGGGCUCUCUCGCCCUGUCCUUUCUACUGCUCAUGGGACAAGUCCCAAAGAAUAAAAGGCAACCAA